UUCCUCUCAUAAUAUUCUCCCUCCAAUUUAACGACAGGCAUCACAAGUUCAAAACUUAAAUAAUUAAGACCAGUCGUAUUAUCAAAACUAGUUGUGACCUUCCAGGUUGCUAAAAUUUUGGCUUCCAAGAAGCAGAGUGUAAAUCGUUGCAACUCGACUGUCAUUCUUUAUUUGUAAUCAUUCCCCUGGUCUUUUGAACCUUUGCAAAUGAAGCUCUUCAUCGAAAUCGAAAUAUCUCCAGAGGAGGUUUCUCUGGCUACUGAACUUUUGUCUACCAUUCGUGCUCUGACAGAUCAUGUGAAGACACGAAACAUAGGGAAGUUAUUACAUGGACUCCUUAUACAAUUACAGGAUAGCACUCAGUGGGAUGUUGCGGCAAAUGAGAUUUGCACACUGCUUAAGGAAUGUUCAUCUGAAAUGGUGUCUGAUGAUUUCAGUACAACUUUUACACAUAUAGUCUUGCCAGAUGAUCUUGGGAUUCAAACUCAUAAUGUUCAGCCUUUCAUGCUUCUUUUGCCAAGACUUCCAGAACAAAUAAAGACUAAGAUUAAGGACAUUCUUGCAAACAAGGUUCUCAAGCAUUUUAUGAUUAGGAGAUCAUCAAAUACAAAUCGUUCAGAACUUUUGACACAUGCAGAGGUGUUUGCUGCUCUUCUGAGUUCAGAGUUAUUUCCUGUCACAGGGGCAGUGAAAACAAUUUCUACAUGGCUUCAGAAACCUGAGCAUCGCUGUGCUGGUAUCACUGUUCUUGGCAAAACUGUAGAGCGAUGUGCGUCUUUGUUAACUGAUAAAUGUGAUUCAGAAUUGUUAGGUGAAGUUAUUUCUGGUUUGCGCAUUGCCUCAGAAGAAGCAUAUCAACCAGAUAUUCAGUACAUUGUGUCAAAAAUGGGAUGGAGUCAACUGCUGCAGACUGGAAGCUUUCAUCAUGGAAAAGUUCUGAUCUCCUCAUCAAACUCUCUUUAUGGGUCAAUUGAAAGGAUUUUGGACCAGGGACUUACUCAUGGACUCUUUCCUAUCAAAUCGUUUGUAGGCCAUAAGAAUACUAUUUAUACAAUUGCUUAUGAUGAACAAUGUAAUGAGCUUGUUAGUGGUGGAAAGGAUGGUUUUGUUAUUACUUGGUCUGAAAUUGGUGAGAUUGUUGAGACCUUUAGUCUUCAUCGACAUUAUGCUUGUUCCAUGGAUAUCAGUCCUCUCCUGCAUACUCUUUUUAUCUGUGGGGUUGCAUCGGAGAAUGUUCUAGGCAGCAGUCCACUUCCUGCCCCUUGUAUUUUUCGGUAUGAAGCAGUUAGUCAAGGAUGGAAACAACACGGAAAUAUAUCAAAGGAUUCUUUCAAAUUUAUUUCUAAUAUAAAGGCCAUAAAUGGAGGCAACAACUUUGUGACUACGGAAACCAGCUUGAUCAAUGAUGGAGGAUCACCGUGCAGACAUGAGCUUGUUUGCUACUAUGAUGCUCAGGUGUCAUUUGCAUCUCUUCAACCAGUAAAGCAAUAUGAAGAGCAUGAGGAUCUUGUUUCAUGCAUUUCACCAUAUCCACCCAACCAAUUUGUCUUCAUGUCAGGCUCACGUGACUGUACAAUACGUGUAUGGGAUUGCCGUACUGAUCGAUGCAUAGGCAUGCUUGGUGUGGGAGAGAUGGGAAGAUUCAAAGCACAUAAUAAUCUUGUUACAAGUAUUGAUGCGGAUGAAACAAGUAUGGUGAUCUCAUGUGGGCUGGAUGGAUAUGUUAACCAGUGGGACUUACGUAUGAUGGCAAACAAGAUUGUUGAUUCCCCUGUAACCAGUAUGCUCCUGGACGAUACAAUAACACUGAAAGGCGUUCUGGUAGGUGGUGCUAGAAUGGCUGCAGUUAACACUAGAAGAGGGCUAUACUUAUUAGAUUUACAGAAGGCCGAGAAACAUCUAGCCAAACCUUUUCCUGAUAAUAGGACAGUAGGUGGAUAUCUUGAUUUGAAGUGGGAUGCAGGUCACAAGCUGCUCUAUGCCGGUGGUGAUCAGAAGCGUAUUGAUGUGUACAAAUGGAAGUGAAUUUUGAUAUUGUAAUUAACACAAGAAAAUUUCAAUAAGAGAAUGGAGUAGGAUGGUCAGUUCAUUUUGUCGGCGAAUGUAAUAGCAUUUUUUUUUUUAAAGUAAAACAUUGAGUACCUUUAAUUCAUGUCCAAUAUUACAAAUAAAUAAAGAAAAUAAUGUUUUGCUUGUAAAAGCCUUCAAAUUGUCUGAGAAUAUUUACCGUACUAGUACUCGGGUCAUUGUGCAUUGUAUUAAGCUGAGAAUUCAUUUUUGUUGGGAGGGACUUUCUUCAUCCAUUAAAUCACUUGUCAAAUCACAGCGUAAAGGAAGAAGGCUACUUGGCCAUGCAAGCUUAUGUCUAGCAGUACUUAUGGUGUUUUGAUCUGAGGUCUUAAACAUGGUAAGUUCCCUACUUUAACCACCUAGUUGCACUCGUUGGAUGCUAUUACAUGAC